GUUUUAGGACAGUGAUGGAAGACAAUCAGAAAAUGUAUGAAGAAUUGAAAAAUAAGUUUACAUGACUGGUAUGAAGAGGAAUCGUACAGGAUGCAGUGACGAUUAAGGGAUGUACGCAUACUUUUUGAAGCAAGUGUUUGAGAAAUCAUCGGGCAAUUAUUGAUGAGUGUCCGAUUUGUGAAGGGAGAGUUGGAGAAAUCAUCAAAGUACCUGAUAUUUGAGAAAUAGGUACAAAAAUAAUCUACCUAAUGGACAUGGCAAAACAAAGCAACCAAAUCCUAUUAGAUACCCAAAAGCAAGUCUCUGAAAUGAAGGAUAUGGAAAAAGUAAUUAUCGAUUCAAUGGAGCCCAAAAAGCCUGUCGUAAAAAAGUCUAUUUCUGCAAAAGAGUACCCACACCCUGUCUCUCCCUCAAAAGUAGAACCUUUUAAAUAAAUUCCAGUCUUCAAACAUCCCGAGUGAAUUUCUUCCGCAGCUAAAAUACCCUCACAUAAACAAUAACUUCGAGCACGAGAUAGAAGGAGACAAUCUGAACUUUAGCUUCGGGGAUGAGUCCCCUAACCGUAAAGUGGAAAUCCUGCUUGAAGAAGAGAAAGAUAUUCCUAAGAAGGUCAAAGUGAAGAAGCCGAUCAGUGCGGUACUUGGCCAAAAGAAGCCGGUCGCGAGCAAGCCAGCGCUAUCUGGAAAGCCUUUCCAGCCUGUAAUGAAGAGCGCAAUACACCUGGAAAAUAAUGACUUUGAAGAUUGGGAUGACUGCUUUGGAAUGGAUGUUAUACAAAACCAGUCUCAGAAAGCCGAGGAGUUUAACCAGAACUACAUGAGUGCCAAAGCGUGAGAGAAGAGGCCCCCAUCCCCUAAGUUCAAAGGCUUUUACAAAUAG